AUUUCAUAUUUCUUAUUUCUAAAUUCAUUCCCACUACCUUGCAUUUAUUUAUAAAGAUCCUGGGAACUAAUUAAAACCAUCAAUUUCCAUGCAACUAUGUCACUUUAAGCUGCAAUAUUAACAUACAUACACUUAAUUAUUAGGAAUAUGGUUAGAGCUUAACAAUCCUCUGAGUUCUGACCUCUCUCACCACAAAUUGUAUCUCAAUUCUCUCCUAGAGGUUCCAGCAGGAGAAGAAGAAAUGGGUAUUGAGAAAAAGCUCUUUGAAGCAAGUCUUGUUCUCAUCUUGUUUACUACCCUUGUUAGUUCAUCACAAGAGCAAAACAAUAAGGAACUCAUAGCCACUCAUGUUUUAAGCACCAAAGGCAACCGUAUUGAGAUGAAUCCAAGACUUGUAUUGGAAAUCACAGUUCAUGGUUUUCUGCUAUGGGCCUCAAUGGGGUUCUUGAUGCCUUUUGGUAUUCUAGCAAUCAGACAUGGAAACAGAGAGCAGAAUCCAAAAAGGCUUAGGAUUAUUUUCUAUCUUCAUGCAAUUUUGGAGAUGCUUGCUAUAGUUAUUGCCACGGCAGGGGCAAUAAUGUCCAUAAAAAAUUUUAAUAACCUCUUCAACAAUAAUCAUCAAAGAUUAGGGGUUGCAUUAUAUGCUGUCAUCUGGCUUCAACUUGUACUUGGUAUCUUUCGACCACAAAGGGGAUCGAAAAGAAGAAGAGUGUGGUUCUUGGCACACUGGAUAGUGGGAACUUCAGUGUCACUACUUGGUGUGUUGGCUGUAUAUACUGGCUUAGGAGCCUAUAGAGAGAAAACAUCCAAAAAUACAAAAAUUUGGAAUAUAUUCUUCACAAUUCAGAUAACUUUGAUUGUGUUUCUCUACCUUUUUCAAGAAAAGUGGGUCUAUAUACAAAACCAAGGAGUGCUUUUGGGCAAUGAAGUAGUGAAUCUUAGGUCUCAAGAGCCCCCUUAUCAUCAAGGUCAAAAGGACAAAGUGUUGAAGCCUGAAUCUUGUUGACAUGAAGAAUGAACUAGAAAUACCAUUAAUUUAUUGAGGAGGACUUUUGCAUAGGAUUAGGAUACAAUUUAUUUGAAAACAUGUAUAAUUGAAUAUGUGAAUUUAUAAUUUGUUUUUUUAUUUCUUGGAGGAUGAGGGGACAAUUGGGGAGAGGGGGUUGGGAUUUGAAGAUAUAUGAGAUAUAUUGGUUUAAUGUUUGUUCUUUGGAAAAUAAAUUAAGUAAAAGUGUAAUUUCAUGGA